AUGCCGACUUCGAGGGAAGAUGUAAAGGGGCUCGUCCCACUCAACAUCUUGGUGUCGGCGUUACUGACGGACAUGUAUCAGAUUACGAUGUCGUACGCGUACUGGAAAGCUGGGCGGCACAACGAGAAUGCGGUGUUCGACCUGUUCUUCCGCAAGUGCCCCUUCAAGGGCCAGUUCGCCAUCUUCGCAGGUUUGAGCGAGGUGAUCGCACUGAUGAACAGUUUCACCUUUUCCCCCAGCGACAUCGCCUACCUGCGGACGGUUCUCCCUCACUGCGAGGAGGCAUUUUUCGACUGGCUCGGGCAGCUCGACUGCCGAAACGUGCGCCUGUACGCUCUGGAGGAGGGCUCGCUCUGCUUCCCCCGAAUACCGCUCAUCCGGGUUGAGGGUCCGCUGGCUGUGGCCCAGCUUUUGGAAACCCCGUUGCUGAACCUCAUCAACUACCCGUCGCUCAUCGCCACAAAUGCGGCCAGGCUGAGGUUAGCGGCCGGGGCGGACAAAACGCUUUUGGAGUUUGGGCUGCGGCGGGCACAGGGUCCGGACGGAGCCCUGUCCGCUUCUCGCUACUCGUACAUCGGGGGGUUCAACGGCACCAGCAAUGUUCUCGCGGGGAAACUGAUUGGCGUUGAUAUCCGAGGCACGCACGCCCACGCAUUCGUGCAAUCUUACACUUCCUUUGAACAGAUCAAGGAUCCCACCCUGGACGGGAAGGACUUCGUCGCGAUCGUCAAGGGGUACCGUGACCGCCCGGUCUGCGGUAAGGGCUCCGGGAGCAGCAACGACGGCGAGCUCGCGGCGUUCACCGCGUACGCCCAGGCGUUCCCCGACGGCUUCGUCGCGCUCGUGGACACGUACGACACGCUUCAGUCCGGGGUACCCAACUUCCUGUGCGUGGCGCUGGCACUGGAUGAUCUGGGGCACAGGGCGCUGGGGUGCCGGCUGGACUCCGGGGACCUGAGCUACCUUAGCCAAGAGGUGCGAAAAAUGACGACCGAGGCCGCGAAGACCUUCAACCGCCCGUUCCUUGCCACCACAAACAUCGUGGCCAGCAACGACAUCAACGAGGAAAGUCUGCACUACCUCGCUGACCAGGGCCACGCCAUCGACACCUUCGGCAUCGGGACGAACCUGGUGACGUGCCAGGCGCAGCCGGCCCUCGGCUGUGUGUACAAGCUGGUCUCCAUCGAGGGUGUGCCCAGGAUAAAGCUGUCGCAGACGACGUCUAAGAUUACCAUUCCGGGCCGCAAGGCGGUGUACAGAUUACUGGGCGCCGACAGAGUUCCCAUCUUGGACAUCAUGCUCAAAGACGGGGAGGAGCCGCCGCAGCCGGGAGUCCCCAUACUCGCGAGACACCCGUUCGUGGCAACUAAGCGCGCGAGGGUGACACCGACCCAGGUAGUCCGGUUGCAGGAGAUGGUGUGGGAUGGCCAAGCUGGAGGUGCAACCUCGGACAUGCCCACCAUCCACGAGGUGCGAGCGACGGUGGCAAAGGGGUUGAAAGAGAUUCGGCAGGACACGCUCCAGAGGCUCAACCCCACGCCGUACAAGGUGUCCGUGAGCGAAGGUCUGCAUGACUUUCUGCACUCACUGUGGGAAAAGGAGGCACCCAUCAGGGAGCUCAGCUAAAUAGACGACGGCAAAGAUUAAGAAAAACGGGGGAAGCCAGCGGUGUGUCUUGCAUAAUAGUGUUGCUAUGCAGUCUAGCUCAAAAAAUAAAUUUGAACGAAGCGGAGAACGUGAGUGGUAUUUAUUGCUUUGCCGGAAGGAAACGAACGUGCGGUCGUGUUUCAGCGUAGUGCUUCCUGGCGCCUUGUCGAUUCCCGCAUGUCCCCUCUCUGUCCCAGCGCUUCGUCUACUGGUUCCCGACAUGUGUACGCCACCAUGGGCCCGUGCCGAUGCGUCAACGGGUCUCUCUUCUCUCCUGUUGCCCUAGAAGCCGGGGCGUGACUUUGGUGGAAGUCCCGGGCCUGCAUUGGCCUGACUGGGGUGUCGUUUCGGACAGGGGCACAUACAUGUGUUGUCACGUUCGUGUUUCGUUCACGUUGGGUUUGAGCA